CAAAGCUACAGUCUUGUCCUUCUCAUAAAAGACUUCUACAUGCACCACUACUCCCUUAACGUUGUCGCUCACCAUGAACGAACCGAUUACUGUAGGCACAGUGUCUAGCACUGAUGCCCUCGAGACCCAAGCUGAUGCCCUCUCAGACUUGGGUCUCGAGGCUAUAGAUCUCUUUGGGAAACUGAAAAAGGCGCUGAGAGAGGGAACUGACGAGAAACUGCGCGAAGAUUCAUUCACUGCCGAAUCACAGAGGUUCGAGCUCUGGGCUGCAAAUAUGGGACUUUUCGUUCCGGGCCACGGCUCUCUGGACUACCGCGUCCGAGAAGCCGAGAAGCUGGCGCAGACGCUACGGAGGUUUAUGCAGGACCUGAAUACCUCGUUAGAAGAUGUCGUUGAAAUGUGCUCCGAACCCAAGCAGGAGGGUGCAUCCGCGAUGAGUACAUCCAGUGGAGAAGAAUCAGAAUCUCAUGCACAGGAAGAUGAGGCUAAGAAUGAGGGCGAUGACGAGGACGAGGACGAGGACGAAGAACCAUGGGACACGGACCUGCUGAUAGACAGCGUUCGAGAUCCUAUCAACAGGCUGUUCAAGAUGUCCAUUAAGAUACGGAAUCCUUCUACCCGACUUGGAUCUUCCAGAGCUGCCAACUACCGACAGGUGGAUGAAGAGACCGGAGUCGACUUGCUGCAAGCCAUGAAGGAAUUUGAUCUGGACUACGUCAAAACGGUGUUUCUGGAGUAUCGAAAGACCAAGGCACGUCGGGACAGUCGUCCUGCGCAGCCACCAGGAGACCCACCAGGAGAACAUGACGACAACGUGUGGGAGCCGAUCAAGACUGUCUUGACCGAAGAAAGAGAGCGGGAAAACAGCGGUGGCCACUCUUACCUUAUCGAUCGGAUCGCACAAGCAAACGUUCGCCGACGACAACAAUUCGCGUACUGGGCUGCACACCGACACAAACUCGACAAACACACAAAAGCGUACCAGGCUCAAAAGGGCCGGUUUCCAGUUACGGAAAGACAGACAGGCGGUGGGCUAGGGCUGGAACUCGCUCAGGGACCCCUUCCCUCCAUCUCGAGUGCCACCGGGCUUGACAUGGCGCGGCUCGAGAUAUCGUCAGACACUCGCUCGAACUGGGCCCUUUCAGAGUAUGCGCCGUCAACAAGACGAGCAGCCGACGCCCCCGUUGACUUCCCCCCGGCUCCGAAGGUCUCGCGCAAGACGCAGGCAGACAAGUUCUUCGAGUGCCCAUACUGUUUCUUCCUGUGCCCCAAGGACAUCCUCGCCGAGAAGGCGUGGAAGGCCCACCUGAUUCACGAUCUACGCCCUUAUAUUUGCACGUACGAGGACUGCAGGAACCCCACGCAGCUGUACGACAGCCGGAAAGACUGGGUGCAGCACGAGAACUCAGAGCACCGCAAGGUCUGGAGGUGCCCGGAGCACGAGAACAAGGUCUUUGAGAGCAUUGACGGGUACCGGCGCCAUCUCCGGGAGCGGCAUGCUGGAUCCAUCGGCGGGGAAGCAUCGUUGGCUCGCAUCAUCCAGGCCAGCGAAUCAGUUGCGGAUACCUCCAAACGGGCGUGCCCCAUCUGCACGGUUGAGCUGGACACAGGCAGGGCGAUGGAGGGCCACAUUGCGCUGCACCUGGAACGAUUCGCCAGCUUUUCGCUGCCCAGGUCUGUCGACAACGACGAUGACGGCUCUAACGCCGACUCGGGUAAGGCGAACAGAGUAGACGAGGAGGGGUCCCGCGAUGACGACUUUGAGGGUGGCUUCGAGUAUCACAGCCAGGUGAAUUCCAGCGGGACUCAGUCUGCCGGACGUCCCCCGGAGGUUGGCAUUUCAAGCCCACGAGAUGAAACUGGGGCCUUUGGAGUCACACUUCUCGAGAAAGUUGAAGAUCUUGGAAGCAGCGACGAGUCUAGCAACAGCGACAGCGGUCAGUCUCAAGAUGAGAUGCCCACUGACAGACUGAAGGUGGGCGAAUGGUGCGCCGAUUUUGAGAAGUAUGAAAAGGUCGAACGGGAGUUUUUGGAGACACUAGAACAGACAGAGAGAAGACUGGGUGGUGACCAUGAGGAAACACGGAACUGUAUGAAAAGAGUGUAUGAUUUGUUGCGUGGCCAGAAGAAGUUCCUGGAGGCCGAACACAUCCUGCGGAGAAUACUGGAGCAGACCGAGAGGGCACUCGGGCCUGACCACCAGGAGACAUGGGCUUCGAUGAGCGAAUUGGGCUGGCUGCUACACGAGCAGGGGCGCUAUGCAGAGUCGGAACAGAUGAACUGGGAGGUAUUGGCGCUGCGGGAGAAUGCGUGGGGCCGCGAGGACCCGGAAACGCUGGUCAGUCUGUCCAACCUGGCGAUAGCGCUUUCACUGCAGGGCAAAGUGGCAGAGGCCGAAGUGCUGGGCCGGGAGGCGAUGGAGGCUCGCAGAAGGCUACUCGGCCCUUCUCAUAAAAACACACUCAUCAGCAUGGCCAACCUGGCGCAUAUGCUGAUGGGGCUCGGCAGGGUUGAUGAGGCGGAGAAGUUGUGUGGGGAAGUGAUCGAGAUACAGAAGCAGGAAUUCGGGCACGAUCAUCCGGAAACACUCAUCAGUAUGAAGAGGAUGGCACAGGUGCUCUAUGCACAGAACAAGGUGGAGGAGACGGAGAAGCUCGAGCUGGAAGUUCUGGAGGCGUUCAGGCAGACACUUGGGCCUACGCAUCCCGACACCCUUGCGUCUUUGUACACUGUAGCUUCCUUCUUGCACUCGCAAGGGCGUUGGGACGAGGCUGUAGGGUUGAUGGAUGAGUGCUUCCAACUCCGACGUCAGGUGCUGGGACUGGACCACCAGUACACCCGUGCAGCGGCCAAGAACCUGGACGAGUGGCGCGCCAAGCUUGGGGAACCGGAUGAGUAGUAUCGUCGAUUCUAAGGGCGAGAUAUACCCCAAUCAUGAAACCGUUGAC